GUGUUUACCAUAUUAAUAAAAUAUAUACAAUAAUUAAUGCACAAAAAGAUAAGCGAUAUAACUAAAAUUCAAUGCGCUAGUGUUAAAGGCAAAUUUAAAUUAAUAGUGGUGCUCUUAACUUCCAAAGAAAAAAUGGCCACUGGGCUAAAUCUAUUAGAUAAAACCGGAAAUUGGUGAUUCAAUCAUUAAGCGAAGUCAAAUUAAUAGUGUUUCAUGUACGAGUAAAUAUUAAAAGCCGGUAGUUUGGAAUAAAAUUGGCAGCAUUACAAGUCGGAUGUGUGUUGGUGUUGUGCAGUGAGGUGAAUCGAGAAAAAGUUAAGAUUUUCGCAAUUUAUUGUGAAAAUAAGUGAGAAAACUAACAUUUUUAUAUAAUCAACGUAAAGAUGAAUUCAAUUAUAAUGAAAAUACAUUAUUAAGCGAAUUUUUUCGCAAGUUAGUAUGCUAUAGUGACGUUUGGAAAAUUUUGCCUUGCAAAAACGUACGAAAGUCAAGACAAAACGAAACAAAAAUAGCAGCAGCAGCAGCAGAACGGUGUGGCACCAGCUUAGGGCGGCAGCAAUCACGCAGACGAGCAUUUUGGAAGGAAGGUCGGUCGAUUAUUUGACCGAGGGCAAAAGUAGUGUGCGAAAAACUAAAAGUCGGCGUAUAUUUUAUAUAUGUCGCGUUUCUAAAAUUUUACAUAUUAGAAUUUUCAAUGCAACAGAGAUACUGAGAUAACAGCGAAAAUUGCCUUUUCGAGAAUUGCCACUUGGAGUUGGUCGUGGUGUUUUGGGCUUGCCGUAGACAAAAACGCUAAGAUAGACGCGGUGUGGGGUUGGGCUUCUGCCCCGCUGCGUUUAGCGGCGAACAGGAUGGGCGAUCCAAUGCUGGCAGGAGCGGCUGGCAGCGCUGGCACUUCAACUGGUGCCAUCGAUCGUCCACCGUCUCCGGCACGUCUAUCGCACACCUCGGAGAAACACCCCAAGGUUACAUUAUCGGAGUUGAACAUGCUGCGACGCCAUCGGGAACUUUGUGAUGUUGUACUCAAUGUUGGUGGUCGUAAAAUAUUCGCACAUCGCGUUAUACUUUCCGCCUGCAGUCCAUAUUUUCGCGCCAUGUUCACUGGUGAAUUGGAAGAAUCACGUCAAACAGAAGUAACCAUACGAGAUAUAGAUGAAAAUGCCAUGGAGUUACUUAUCGACUUUUGCUACACUGCACACAUCAUUGUCGAGGAGUCCAAUGUGCAGACUUUGCUACCAGCAGCAUGCCUACUACAGUUGGUCGAAAUACAGGAUAUUUGCUGCGAAUUUCUAAAGCGACAAUUAGAUCCGACAAAUUGUUUGGGCAUACGCGCUUUUGCCGAUACACACUCGUGUCGAGAAUUGUUACGCAUUGCCGACAAAUUUACACAACACAACUUCCAAGAUGUUAUGGAAAGUGAGGAGUUUCUAUUGCUACCCGUCGGACAACUUGUGGAUAUUAUAUGCAGCGAUGAGUUGAAUGUGCGCUCUGAAGAGCAGGUUUUCAAUGCUGUUAUGUCUUGGCUGAAAUACAAUGUGGCCGAUCGUCGACAACAUUUGGCACAGGUUUUGCAACAUGUACGUUUACCGCUAUUGUCACCGAAAUUCCUCGUUGGUACUGUUGGCUCUGAUUUGUUAGUGCGUUCCGAUGAAGCAUGUCGUGAUCUCGUUGAUGAAGCUAAGAACUAUUUGCUGUUACCACAAGAACGUCCACUAAUGCAAGGUCCACGCACACGUCCACGUAAACCAACACGUCGUGGUGAAGUAUUGUUUGCUGUCGGUGGCUGGUGUUCAGGGGACGCCAUUGCCUCCGUCGAACGUUUUGAUCCGCAAACGAAUGAUUGGAAAAUGGUUGCACCGAUGAGUAAACGUCGUUGUGGCGUCGGUGUUGCUGUACUCAAUGAUCUACUCUAUGCCGUUGGCGGUCAUGAUGGACAAAGCUAUUUGAAUAGCAUCGAACGUUAUGAUCCGCAAACAAAUCAAUGGUCUUGUGAUGUCGCGCCAACCACCUCCUGUCGCACUAGUGUUGGCGUGGCCGUCUUGGACGGAUUUCUGUAUGCUGUUGGCGGGCAGGAUGGCGUACAGUGUCUGAAUCAUGUUGAGCGCUACGAUCCUAAGGAAAACAAAUGGUCAAAGGUCGCACCAAUGACAACCCGUCGUUUAGGGGUAGCCGUAGCCGUUUUGGGUGGUUAUCUCUACGCCAUUGGCGGCUCUGACGGUCAAUGUCCAUUAAACACGGUCGAGCGCUAUGAUCCAAGACAAAAUAAGUGGUGCGCUGUUAAUCCAAUGUCCACACGUCGCAAGCAUUUAGGCUGCGCAGUCUUCAAUAACUACAUAUACGCUGUCGGUGGACGUGAUGAUUGCAUGGAAUUAUCAUCAGCUGAACGUUAUAACCCGCAUACAAAUACCUGGAGCCCCAUCGUGGCAAUGACUUCGCGUCGCAGCGGUGUUGGCUUGGCCGUAGUGAAUGGGCAGCUAUAUGCCGUUGGCGGCUUUGAUGGCUCGGCCUACUUAAAAACAAUUGAAGUUUACGAUCCAGAAACCAAUCAAUGGCGUUUAUGUGGUUGUAUGAAUUACCGUCGUUUAGGUGGUGGCGUUGGUGUGAUGAGAGCACCACAGACUGAAAACUAUAUGUGGAUACGCAAAGAUUCCGUUGUUUGAUUGCAUACAGAGGAGUGUCAUUAAAGCCGUGGCCACGCCUUAAACAUUUUGCGCGUUGCUACGGUACAUUUUAAGGCUUUUAAGCUUAAAUUAAAUUCAUAAGCAGAGUAUAUAUAUUGAAAACUACAAACAUAAACAAAAAAUCGAAUAACCUAAUUAAAACUAAUUAUAACAAAAAUUAUAUAUAUAUAAAUUAAACACAAAAACAAAAAAAAAACUAUUGCGCAUGAAUUCCAUUUACAUUAGAACAAAUGAAAUUCAUUGUUUGCCGCUUGCCUGUGAUGAAAAUGUGGAUUGUGAAAUUGUGCGAGAGGUCGUCAUGUUGCGCUUAGCCAAAUUUCACUUUGUAAAAUUGAUAAACAAACAUUUCCACAAAGCUGUUUGGAACAGCUAUUUGUCCCGUGCGCUGUAACACAUUGCUGAAACAAGUAAACUAAAAAAAUAAAGCAAUUGCUUGUGCGGUGCACGGGACAUGCAAACCAAUUUUUUUUGUAAACGAAUAAAAAUGCAAUGUAACGAAAGUUAAAAAGUUGCGUGAAAAAAAAAAGAUUGAAAGAUUGAACUCGUUUUUAAAAAGUUGUAUGAAAAUAACGGUAUAAAAAUUUUAGCUGCCUUCUAAUUGCAAAUAAAAAUAAAAAAUAAGAAAUUUUUUUCAUUUAAUAAUUAUGUAAGCCUAGCACCAGUAUCCAUUAGCAGUUCAAACACGAAAAUAUCUUUAAAUCUUUUACUAAUGCUUUAAAAAGCACUACAAAUUGUUGUGCUAAUAUGAUAUAUAUUUUGAGACCGUUAAGUGAAUUUUCUAAUUUGCAACUGCAUUGGGUACAGUACACUUAAGCUCGCAUUAAUUAACUUUAUUUGUUGUCUUGAAUAUAAAAAUAUAAAAUCGAACCUGAAGCUGACAGCUCUCACUCAUAGUAGUAAGCACCUAAAUACAUGUAAAAAACUAGUAAUAAUAUUAAUAAUUAAAAAACUAUAAAAGCAAAAAAAAAAAUAAAAAUAAUUAAAAAACUAAAAAGCAGCUAAAUAAAAACUAUAAAAACGCAAGCGUUGAGAACCAAAAAUAUACAUAAUUAUAUCGGAGUAGUCAGCUUAUUACCAGCUAAUUUUAAUAUAAAAUUUGUUGUUAAACCGUAUAAAUUUUCCUUUCGAAAAAAUAUAUAUUUUUUAAUCGUAACUUUAUUUUAAUUUUAGUUAAACUGCAUUUCUCAAUGAAUUAAUGCAUUAAAAAUACAAGUAAUAUAAAUAUAUAUAUUGUAUGUACGUGUGCGUAUUUGUGUAAGCAUGCACCACAUGUCCAUGUGUAUGUAUGCACGCAUGUGUUUGUAAACUUAAUGAAAACAUUGUUCUUUGCUGGAAAUCAAAUGUUGACAGCUAAAUUAAGAAUUUAUUAUAAUAUAGUAUGAUCAUAAAACCGUAAAGAACGUUGGUAAAAGCUGUAACUUGAAAUCGCGUUCUACUGUGACGAAAUUAACGAAUAUAUUAAUAAAUAAUUGGACAAAACAUUGUUGAUCGUGAUCAAUGAGUUAUUUCAUAUGUUUUAAA